GGUGGAGGAGGCGGGCGCAAAGUCUUGCUUCCACCUAUCAAUUUCAUAUUCAAGCUCCUUCAGCAGCACUCUACAGUCCAAAUAUGGCUCUACGAGCAGCUCGCAAUCAGAAUUGAGGGGAGAAUUAGGGGAUUUGAUGAAUUCAUGAACCUUGUGAUCGAUGAUGCCGUGGAGGUUAAGCAAGCCACCAAAGAUAAGGAAGAGAGUAGGAGACAGUUGGGACAAAUUCUGUUGAAGGGUGACAAUGUAUCCUUGAUUCAGAGUUUG